AUGUCCACUUACUGGCUGAAAAACUUCAUCGGCUUGCGCCAGUCUGAGUUUGAACUUCUAAAAGUUCCUAAUCCUGGUGCGGAGUUUUGUAUUCAUGUUGCUUUCCGUUCAAUUCAAACCGGAGCUGUUCUCGGUUCCAUUUUUGGACCCCUGUCCGCCAAGUUGUUUUCCAACAAGAUUGAAACUUCCAAAACACUUACGAAAUCUUUCGUCGAUGGUGGAAUUAACGGAGCCAUAGCAGGAGCCUUACUAGCUGUACCGUUGACCUACAUUUCACUAUGUAAUAUGAACUCUGUUCAACUUUAUGACAAGUGCUAUCGCGCCAGGUUCGAUCGCACUCAGCUAAUGCAAGAUCGAACCAGUUUUGUGUUCGCCACUCUUGGAUAUCUGUCAAGCGGAAACGUUGGCUUUGUCGUUGGGUUAGACCUAUCCAUGUUACUAACCAAUGUUCUUGACAAAACUUGGAGAUAA